UUCAAACUCACGGCGAACGUUUUGUUCAUCGUCGUCGCUUUUUCGUGUUCUUUUUAUAAUGAAAGGCGAAAUUUGGGAGGCAUUUCUGGUUGGUUCCCUGCAGAUGUGGCAGAACGACUCGAGGCCCCGGGAAAGCCGGGUGUGGGGGUCGACCGCCUUCACCUGAGGAGAGUGCAACGAUAAUCAAUGCUGUUGCGUCUCGACACACAAACCGACAAGUACACCAUUGCACAGAUCUUUAAUGGAGUAGGCCUGUACGGAUGUAAGCCCAAACCCAAGCCGUCCUGCCGUCUCGUCGCCCAAAACGUUUCCUCACCUCGUGCGUUGAACACCCCCCACGAACGUCCGACGCUUCAAACUUGGCGUCCGAAACGACAUUGGAGUCGACUAAGCAUUGUACUAAGCAGGUCACGUGGCUAAUCUCGAUUGCUUAGCAAACCUCUCACUUUUUUUGACGAAACCAGCUCGCUGACUUUAUAAUUUCCUAUAUUCGAGCAUUUAACAAUGGGCAAGGCCAAGAAGAGUACCAAAAAGUUUGUAAAGAACCAUCUAAAGGAUACCUUGGCCAGGAGAAAGAAGGCACAGCAGGCGAACAAGUACCGAAAGAAAAAGGACGACGCACCAACCCAAGAUGUGCCAGAAGAAGCAGAGGUUUCCCCAGAGGAGUUGUCGAGUGACUCGGACACUGGUGGUUUCAUGGAUGGGGGAUUGUUGAGUUCAGACUCUGAGGCAGAGAGCGGUGCUGAGUCGGACUCGGACAUGGUUGAUGAUCUAGAUGAUUUGGAGGAGCUAGACGACGAGGAAGAAGAGUCAGACGCUGGUGUCGAAAGUGAGGGGAUGGAUGUUGAUGACGAUGAUGAUGAUGACGAUGAGGAAUCAAGAGGAGAUGGGAAGAGCUCAAAAAAGAGCGGUCUGAAGAAGAAGUUGAGGGAGGAAAUCACGUCCCACAAGCGAGAGCUAGAAGAGCUGAAGGAGAAGGAUCCAGAAUUCUUCAAAUUCUUACAAGAGAAUGACCAAGAACUGUUAGAUUUUGUGAAUGAGGAAGAGGAAGUGGGCAGUGAUGAAGAGGGUGAGGGAGACGUCGCAGAUACGGAGGGAAUGGAUGUCGGUGAUGAACUCGACGUAGAAGAUGAUGACGGGGUUACCGUGGUCACAAAGGAAAUGAUCGCCUCAUGGAGAGCGUCUAUGGUCAACAAAUAUAGCUUGCGGGCUGUACGAAAAGCUCUGCUAGCUUUUCGUGCUGCAGCUGCCACUGGCGAUCCUGACGAAGAGCAGACCUUUUCCUACAAAGUGGAAAAUGGUGCAGUGUUCAACAACAUCCUCCUACUAUGCAUAAAGCAUGCACCAUCCGUGUUCAACCAUCAUGCAUUCGGCAGCGCCGAUGGCGAGAAGCAACGGAAGGGACUACCAUCAAACAGCUCCAAGUGGAAGAAGAUACAACCCUUGGUUAAAUCCUUUCUAACGAAUCUCCUUCGAAUUUUGAAAUCCAUGACGGACACCACCGUCAUAAAGUUUGUUCUCCGGGAAUCUGAUGGUUCAGCGCCGUACUUUGCAUGCUUUCCAAAGCUUGGAAAAGAUUAUGUUAGGCAACUUUUGAAGUUUUGGACUUCCUCAGACGAGGAGAUUCGCAUUGUUUCAUUCCUUUGCAUUCGUCGCAUCGCCAUCGCAGCACCUACCCCAUAUCUCGACAUGUGCCUUAAAGGCACGUAUCGCGCGUAUACCGACCAGUCCCGUAACACGAGCAUCCACACAUGGGCAAGCAUCAACUUCAUGAUCAACUGUAUUGUGGAACUAUGCGGUGUGCACAUUGCUACCACAUACCAACAUGCUUUCGUAAGCAUUAGACAGUUGGCAAUGCAUCUUCGAACAGCUAUCACAACCAAAACCAAAGAAUCCUUCAAAGCCGUAUACAACUGGCAAUACGUCCACAGUCUGCGACUAUGGUCGAGGUUGCUCUGCACCUAUUGCGACAAAACGAAUCCCUUGGAAUCCGUAGGCGGCAACGCCCUCCGACCGUUGAUUUAUCCUCUCGUUCAAGUUUCGAUCGGUGUCAUCAGAUUGAAGCCAUCCUCUAAAUUCUUCCCUUUGCGUUUCCAUUGCGUGCGGGCAUUGAUUGAAAUCAUGCGCACAACGGGCACUUUCAUUCCUGUCGCUUCCCAUCUGUUUGAGAUAUUUGAGAGCACGGAGCUGAAAAGUAGGGCAAAACCCUCGACUCAAAAGCCAUUGGACUUUACGCUUGCUAUCAAAGCACCAAAUUCCUACUUGGGAACACGACCAUAUCAAACCGGGCUUGUCGAGGAGAUUGUGAACCUCUUGUUCGAUUUCUAUGGGGCGUUUGCACUAUCGGUAUCAUUCCCAGAGUUGGCUGUGCCUGCUAUUCUUCAGUUGAAGCGGUACGUCAAGAAAUCCAAGAACCUACAAAUCAAUAAGCAGCUUCAGCAACUGGUUGAAAAGCUCGAGCAAAACAGUAAAUUCAUUCAAGAUCGAAGAUCACAAGUGGAGUUCAGUCCAAAGGACGAAGCUAAAGCAGCCGCAUUCCUCUCGGAUAUUGAUCCCAACUUGUCUCCACUGUACAAACAUAAUGCGGCUCGGCAAGCGUUAAAGGAAAAAGAGGUGGCCAGGUUGCACGCGGAGGCGGCUGCAGCAGCGGCUAAGGAGGAUGGCAAAGUGAAAGCGGCACAGAAGCGCAACGCGAAAGGCAAGCCAAACGGACGUCACGCUGGUGAGGAAGACCCAGAGGAUGAUAUGGUGGAGGACUUUGUAUUAAGUGAUGGAGAUGAUGAAGAGGCGGAGGAGUAUGAGAUGGAGGAAGAGGAUGAGAGCGAGGAAGAGGGUUAGGAGGAGAUGGACGAGGAUGAGUAGAUAGUUUGUACCAUAGCUCAUAUAACCACCACAAGCGCAGUUCAAAUCCAACAGCAUAGGCGAUAGGUUUUAUCCAAAAUGUAUAAUUAUUAACAUUGGUCACUACCAUACAACAAUUACA